CACGUCAUUCAGCUCUGCCUACAGCCCCGAGACUACUGAAUACGAUGUGAGGGUCCUGCUUCGUUCCACAGAGGGUGAAGAACAAGGGAACAGCAGACUUUAUGCCUAACAGGGCACGCCAUACCUGGGAGUGGCAUAGCUGUCAUCAGCAUUACCACAGCAUGGACGAGUUCAGCCAUUACGAUUUACUGGAGAUCAGUACUGGUCGAAAAGUGGCAGAGGGACACAAGGCGAGCUUCUGCCUGGAGGACACCACCUGCGACUUUGGCCACCUGAAGCGUUAUGCCUGCACUGCUCACACUCAGGGUCUGAGCCCGGGCUGCUACGACACAUACAAUGCUGAUAUUGACUGCCAAUGGAUCGACAUCACAGACGUAAAACCUGGAAACUACAUCCUAAAGCUCCAGGUUAAUCCCAAGUUUUUGGUGCUGGAAUCAGACUAUACCAACAAUGUGGUCCGAUGUAACAUUCACUACACAGGACGGUUUGUUACAACGACCAAAUGCAAUUUAGCACAGUCCUGAUGGUGCCCAGGAAGGUUGUGAUGUUACAGUGACACUGAAUGCUAUUCCAUUGAAAUGUGAAUGGAAUCCUUUUCAUGUUGGUUCAUUGUUGUUUGUCUUUAUUAUUUUGUGCUAUUUUGGUAUCUUGGGCCCGUGACAAACAAGGGUUCCGCUGGCACUGGUAAGAAAGUCAAAAUGCACUUAGACACACACACGUUUGAAAUUCAUACUGCACACUGCCGUCCACACAAUGAGCUAACUGCUCGGAUUCCAUGGAGGCUUUGUUUUCAUUUUCAUGUCUUUCUGUUUGUCAGCAAGAUAUGUCAAAAGGACAUGAAUGGAUUUCAGUCACAGUUAAUGGUGACAUAAGCCCCAGAGAAGGAAGACUUUAUUCAAUUUUAGUGUGGAUCUCGCUCAAGAAGAGCAUUCUGCCUUUCAUCUUUCACUUGAGAUCCUUGAUCCUGACACUUUUGAGCCUGAUGCUACCUCUCAUAUAUGAUUCUAAAUACAACAUCAAAAGCAAUCAGAAUCAAAGGUCAUCAAAACAAAACUUCCUGAUCAGGAUCAAUGUUCAAGAUCAAAGAUGAGUGGUCAGGAUCACAAAGCAAGAUUAAAGAUGAGUGAUGAUGAUCAAAGGUCAGUGACCAGGGACAAAAGUCAGCAAGCAGAUCAGCCCCUCAUUAAGAUCAAAGUACAAGAUUAGAAACCAAGGUGAAAUGCAAGUGAUAAGAACCAAAGGUUAGAGAUCAGAAUAAAAGCUCCUUGAUCAAUAUCCAAAUACAGGAUCAAAGAUGAGUGAUCAGCAUCACAAACCAUGGUCCAACGAGAUCAAAGGUCAGUAGUCAGGAUAAAACCUCCCUGAUCAAGAUCAAAGUUCAGGGACAAAGGUGUGUGACCAGGCUCAAAAAUAUUGAUGAAACAUUUGUGAUUAGGAUGAAACGUCAGUGUUCACGGUAAAAAGUCUCAGCAAGCAGGAAUAAUGACAGUGAUCAGGAUAACAAAUCACCAUCAAAGGCAAGUGAUCAGGAUCAAAGGUCAGCAAACAAGAUCAAAAUUCAGGAACAAAGAUGAGUGAUCAAGAUCACAAUUCAUUAUGGAAGAUAAAUGAUGAGGAUCAAAGGUCGGUUGCAUCAAAUCAGCAUCAAAGCUCCCCAGUCACGAUCACAGUACAGGAUCAAACAUGAGUAAUCAAGACCACAAAUCAGGAUCAAAAAUGAGUGAUCAGGUUGAAUUUGAGUGAUUAGGAUCAAAGAAUGCCACAGAAGAGAUUAGAAGAAUAGCUCUAUCACAAUGAGAAUGAAGGAGACAAAAAGAAAAUUUUAACUUGUGUAGGCAUGUGCUGUCUUAUUGCCCUCCUACUUUACUGUCAUGUCUUUCCCAUUGCAGGUCUACUGCUUUGGUUUGGUUCCAAGCAACAGCGUCACUGACUGACAGAAGUGAUGGUUAUCACUUUGUACUGUGACAAAUAUUUAUGCGCGUCCCCUAAAUUAUGAAUAAAUCAUAAACAGUGCUUCCACAGGAGUCCGAGUUCAGCUGCAAACCAACAAAUUCAAUCACCAG